AUGAGUGUGCGCAGCACAGUGUUCGAUACACUGUAUUAUGGGAGUGUACCAGAGAACUGCACUGCCCCCAUCGAUAUUCCCGAUGUCCUUCCCGAGGCCUUCGCGAAUAUGCUCAGUUACAUGUACACCGACGAGGUGACGAACCUGACCCUGGAUAACGUGUUUGACACGUUGAAGUGCGCUGACAAGUAUGAUUUACCGCUGCUGCUAGCAAUGUGCACCGACUUCAUACUGAGCAAGCUCAAUAUCACCAAUUGCCUGCAUAUUCUGGACAAUGUGGUGAACUAUGGAGAUGCUGCGCCGAGUAUCGUGGAGAAAUGUUUCUGCUUAAUUGAUGAAUCGGCGCUAACAAUCUGGCAGUCGGAUCAAUUCUGUACAAUCAUUAGAUUGUGGGCUGUAAACACCUGCAAUCAAAAGAAUAUUGACACUUCCUCCGGUAAUCGGCGGGAGGUGUUGGGCCGAGCGCUGUUUCUCGUCCGAUUUCCGCUCUUGACUGAUGCUCAGUUGCUGGAUGGACCGGCCAGGACUGGUUUGUUACUGCCAUCGGAAGUACUGGACAUCUAUCAUUACAAGCACGCCGCCAUCAAACCACAGCUGCCCUUCCGUACGGAAUCCCGACAAAAUGAACGCGCUGAGGGUGUCCUUAACUAUACGGUUCCGGAUGUCAGGGAGCUGCUGAAAACGCCCCCGUUCAGCCGGCUCAGACUGUUCAGUGAAUCCAUAACUGUCAGGAAACUUCUUUGGAGCAUUGACGGUGAGGUGGAGAAGAAAACUGACGAUCAGUCUGUUACUCUGGGCUUCUUCCUACGGUAUUCCGGUAGCACGACAUCGGCGUCCUUGAAGUGCCAGGUUAAUGCAGAGUUCCGCCUGCUGCCAUGGAAAACGGAAACUGCACCAAUCAGCAAACAGACAUCCCACCUGUUUGACCAGGCUGACUGUGCUUGGGGGUACUGGGCUUAUAUUUCUAUGGAGGAAUUAAUGGAUCCUGCGAAAGGAUACGUCAAUCGUAAUGACUUUUCCUUGAAGCUGCAAAUCAAAUUAGCCGCUGACAUUCCUGCUGGGAUCGAAUGCAUGCAUCGCGCAUGCGGAUGUACCAGCAUGAAAAAUAGUCAUGCGCGCUAA